AUGUCGCAAUCUCUAAGACUCAGCGGUGCGCUGUUCGCCCGCGCCAGCUCCCGAACCAUCCCCAUCGUUCGUCGCUCGUUCGCUACGACUCCUGUCACCAAGGCCGAUCUGAUUCAAGAUCUGUACCUGAGGGAGCUCAAGGCCUACAAGCCUCCCCCACAGAAGGGUCCUGAGGAGGGUGCCGUUGCCAAAUUUACUCCUCCCGCCACUCCCAAGUCUCCCGAGGAAGCCGAUCUCGCCAGUGGAAUGCAGGACUACGAGAAUCAACAGGUCGAGGUUGAAGGCCAGGCACCGGGCGAGACUCAGUCAUCGCCCGAGGAGGACUACUUUGAGGACUUGAAGCAGUUUGACGAGGAGGAGGCUCACCAUUAA